CCGUGCCUUUAAAAGGGGGGGCGAACGAACACCAGUCUGACUGACAGUUUGACUACUGAAUAAUUACUAAUAACUCAUGUUUUGAUAGACUUUUACAAACCACAACAACCUACUCUUUGUAUAUUUAAUCAUAAAUUAGCACAACUUUUUUUCUUUUCUUCUUCUUCUUCUUCUUCUAAUUUUUUUUUUUUUUUUUUUUUUUUUACAAAUUAUGGACAAAGAGCGAAACGCCAUGCAUGCAUUCUGGAAGGCGCAUUCUCAGAAUGCCACAGUGGAGGAGAUGAUGCUGGACUCCAAUGCACAGCAGCUGAGCAUGCAGGAGCUACCUGAGAUCCUGGAGAUUCUGCCCAACCUGGAUGGCAUUGAUGUAUUAGAACUAGGUGCUGGUAUUGGACGAUGCACAAAACAUCUCAUUGACAAAGUACGUCAUGUGACAGCUGUGGACUUUAUGGAGAACUUUGUGAAAAAAAACAAGGAACAGAACAGCCACCUUGGAAAUGCAGAGUUUAUCCAAGCAGAUGUCACACAGCUGGAGUUUCCUGAAAAGAGAUUUGACCUGAUCUUUUCUAACUGGUUGCUCAUGUAUCUGAGUGAUGAGGAGCUGUGCUCACUGGCAGAGAAGAUGCUGUCUUGGCUCCGUCCCAGCGGUUACCUCUUCUUCAGGGAAUCCUGUUUCCACCAAUCAGGAGACCGUAAGAGAGAUUUUAACCCCACUCAUUACCGUAGUUCUUCACUUUAUAACCAUCUGAUGGCAUCAGUUACAUGGUCUGAGUCAGGGGAGAACGGUGAACAGUCCUAUGGAUUUGAUACAGUCCUGAGCAGAACUGUACAGACCUACAUUAAGAUGAAGAAGAUCCAGAAUCAGGUGUGUUGGCUGAUGCAGAAAGCUUGUCGAGAUCCGGUCCAGCAGCACCAAGGAGGCUUCAGCACCUUCCAGCAGUUCCUCGAUAACCAGCAGUAUACACACAGGGGAAUUCUGCGAUAUGAGAAGAUGUUUGGCUCUGGUUAUGUCAGUACCGGAGGACUCAGCACCACCAAGGAGUUUGUUGACCUGCUGAACCUUAAGCCAGGACAAAGAGUCCUUGAUGUAGGCUGUGGAAUCGGUGGAGGGGAUUUCUACAUGGCCAAGACUUUUGGGGUGGAGGUUUUGGGAAUGGACUUGUCAUCAAACAUGGUGGAUAUUGCUAUGGAGAGGGCUGUGAGUGAGAAGCUGCCAUCUGUGCAGUUUGAGGUGUCAGAUGCCACUAAGAGAACAUUUCCGGAUAGCUCUUUUGAUGUGGUGUACAGCAGAGACAGUAUUCUGCACAUCAGCGAUAAACUUAAACUCUUCCGAAAUUUUCAUUCGUGGUUGAAGCCUGGUGGAAAGGUGCUAAUCAGUGAUUACUGCUGUGGAGAGAAGCCAUGGACUCCUGCCUUUCAGGAGUAUGUUAACCAGAGAGGCUACAUCCUUUAUACUCCACAGAGAUAUGGCAAGUUCUUGGAAGAAGCAGGGUUCAAUAAUGUAAGAGCAGAAGAUAGAACUGUACAGUUCAUUUCUGUGAUUAAGGCUGAGCUUAAGAGAGCACAGGAAAUUCAAGGGGAAUUUAUUCAGGUAAAAGAACACACACACCACAUACACAGACACACACAUCACAUACAGACACACACACAGAUACACACAGACACACACACCACACACAAAGACACACACACAGAUACACACAUCACACACAGACACACACACACCACACACACAGACACACACACACACAGACACACACACACACACCACACACACAGACACACACACACAGUAUGUGAAUGACAAUAUGAACACAAAGAAUGUAAAUAGCCUAUACAAAUGUUUUUAUUUAAUUCACUUACAUUUUAAUAGGAACAUCUGUACACCUGCAUUUAUCCAAUCAGUCAAUCAUGUGGCAGCAGCACAGUGCAUAAAUUUAGAUCAAGUGCCGGUCAUGUGCUAUAGUUAAAGUUCAAAUUAAAGGUUAAAUGGUAAAUGAGCUGUUUUGAGUAAUUCAGAAAUGGUCUCUAGAGUUUAAACAGAAUAGUAAUGGCUUAAUACAAAAAAUAAGUAAACGACAGGCCAGAGGAAAAUGGCCAGACUAGUUCAAGCUGCCAGGAAUGAUACAGUAACUCAUGUUUACUAUGAUAACCUUAGAUUCUUGUUCUUGGCUGACAGAAGAGGAACCUAACAUGGACGUUUUCUGUGGAAACUCAUCCACAUGAAAGUUCAAGAAAUUCUGAGAUGCUUUUCUGUUUACCAAGGUUGAUUGAGUGAAUUUGAGUUAUCAUAGACUUCCUGUAAGGUCAGACCAGUCUAGCCUUUCUCCUCUGAUUUCUUUCAUCAACAAUGUGUUUCAGUCUUUCUGUGUAAACUGUAUUGUUGUUUAUGAAAUUAUAAAAACAUCAGGAGUUUCUGAAAAGCUCAAACCAUCCCAUCUGAUACCAACAAACAUGCCAUGAAUAAAGUCACAGAAAUCACACUUUUUCUUCAUGCUGAUGUUUGAUGUGAACAUUAACUGAAACUCGACAGUAUGCAUUGUACUGUUGCCACAUGAUUAGCUUAUUAGAUAAAUAUCCUAAUAUAAAACAACUGCAUAAAUGAGCAGGUGUACAGGUGUUCCUAAUAAAGUGGACAGUGAGUGUAAAUACCUAAGCUUCACAGAACAAUUCACAAACAGAUCAUAACCAUGAUGUAAA